UGUGCUGAAAAUAAAGAAUGACGGUGUGCUGAUGCCUAAGUUGGAUUUUUCCAUCAUUUUGCAUCACUCAAUGCCAUUAAACCCUGGACAUGAUAACAAAAGUUUGUGCCUGUACAUUGUUCCAAGAGGAGACCACAGUAUCUGGAUCGGUGGUAGUGUUGAAGCGCACGAAACUGAUCUGACAGAUGUUGACAUGAGCCAUGAAAUUCCUAGAAAAAUGCUUGACAACGCCAAGGCUUUGUUUCCUCCACUGCGAGCAUUUGAUUAUAAAGAUGUGGAACAAGUUAUUGCCGGACUACGCCCAGCUCGUAAGGAUGAGAUCCGUAAKGAGAUCGACCCUGAAUGUCCAGCAUUAAUUCAUAACUAUGGACAUGCUGGGAGCGGGAUUUAUCUUUCUUGGGGCUCUGCAGUGGACACAGCAAACUUGGCUGAUAAGGCGGUUUGCAUUUUUUCUAAACUUUAAUAAAAGAGAUGAUAAAGCAUUAUAACUAGGAUAACAACAAUAACUGUGAAGAUUAUCACAAUAAUCUUUGCUUGAGGACACAUUUCAUGUUGAUCUGACAUGUACUUGGUCAUUAGUUCCUGAGCCCCAGGGACUUUUAAUUGUUUGUUUGAACUCCAUUGAUUAUUUUUUGGCCGUUCUCGGCUCACUAGUUAUCAGUUUUUACUAAUACAACUGGAUUAAUUUUCCAAGACAACUCUCUAUUGAUUUAUAUCGUUAGUCAAAAGGAAAUGCCUAGCAUGGGACCUAGAGUCCCGCUCGCACUUUCCUCUUUGGGUAGCAUGUUGAUUCUGUAAUUUUCCUUCCUGAUUGAUACCCAAUAAAAGUUGUAAACUAGUGACGAUCAAAAUCACAAUCACAAUCUUGAUCUUAUUGUUGAUAUCAAUGAAAUGCUUAUUAAACAUCAUUAGUGAUAACAUCAUG